UGGCUCACCUGAGUGCAGGUUGGGUAGGCAGGUGAAGCGUCUCCCCGGAAACGGAGCUAAAGCGCUCCACCUGUCCAGCCCAGUCUUCUCAAAUCGGAUCCAGCACCUCCAGGCUCUUCGCACCAGCAGUGACAGCUGAGGCCAUGUGAGUCUGAUCCUGAAUGAGGCUUUAUCUCUGGCUGUUCAUCUCAUCAUCCACUGUGUCACCAGCUCCCUCGGGCCAGCCAGGAUGGGACAGGCAGCCGAGAAAGCCAACGCCAGAGAGGUGAUGGUACCCACAGCCUGGACUGAGAAAGGAACAAGACCUGCGGCCUGUAGCUGCAAAGCGGGUGGUGGGGUCACCCGGCCAUGAGCUGCACCCUCUGACGACAGACGCGGCCCCUGCCUGACCAAGCAUGUCAGAACAAGCUCAAGCCCCAACGGGCCAAGGACUGCCCCCCGAUGUGCUGGCAGAGCAGGUGGAGCUAUGGUGGUCGCAGCAACCCCGGCGCUCACUUCUGUGUUUCUCUGUGGCUGUGGGCCUUGUGGCUGGCUGUGGGGCAGGCGGUGUGGCACUGCUGUCCUCCACCAGCAGCCGCUCCGGAGAAUGGCGCCUAGCCGUGGGCACUGUGCUCUGCCUCCUGGCCCUGCUGGUUCUAGUAAAGCAGCUGAUGAGCUCGGCCGUACAGGACAUGAACUGCAUCCGCCAGGCCCACCAUGUAGCUCUGCUUCGCAGUGGGGGAGGGGCUGAUGCUCUUGUGGUACUGCUCAGCGGCCUCGUAUUGCUUGUCACUGGCUUGACCCUGGCUGGACUGGCUGCUGCUCCUGCCCCGGCUCGGCCACUGGCUGCCAUGCUGUCUGUGGGAAUUGCCCUGGCUUCCCUGGGCUCACUCUUGCUGCUGGGUCUGCUGUUGUAUCAGGUGGGUGUGAGUGGACACUGCCCUGCCAUCUGUGCAGAGACCCCCUCCACCUACAAUGGCCACAGCGGCAACAGCAGCAUCUUCAGCAUCUCAGGACGGCUAUCUUCUGGUCAGCGACAUGAGACCACCUCCAGCAUUGCCAGCCUCAUCUGAUGAAGCCAGACCCUCCUUCCUAGGGCCUGCCUCAGUGUCCCCAGAACCAUACCAGGUCAUGCCUGGGUACAUGAAUAAUAUGUGUGCAUGUGUGUGACAGUGUACAUGCGUCUCAGCACAGGGUCAGUUCUUCUAUGGGAUUGCAUGCUGUCCGAUUAGGAGGCCAUCUGUGUACCUACACUUCCACACCAGGCAAGGUUAGUGUGUCUCCUUGGAACUGAGGGUUUGUAUCUGUGAACUGUCAUUCUGCCUGUCUGGGGUCUCUGAGCAGGGAAAUCCUUGAAGAUUCCUGAGCCUUAUUUCCAACAUCCCUAAACUUCAGCCUUGACCCAUAACACCAUUAGGGAUUUUCAUGGGGAUGGCUGUUGUCCACCUAGAACUGUAUGGUUCACUGAGAACCGUGACUGGAGGCAGAGCUGGAGGGACAUGGGCUCCAGAAGGAGAUAGACCUAAGUGGGAAUCCCCCUCUAGAGCCUACAGCUGGGACCUCAGGCAAGGGACUAAGCCUCUGUGGCUUCAAUGUCUUGAGGAGCAUUUCACCAUGGAUUAUGAGGAUUAAAUGUCAUCAUGAAUGGAGGGAUUGGGCUCUUGACAGAUGUGCAAUAAAAUGAUAGCUGCUAUUGUCA